ACCUGCAACAAAGAACACACUUGGUGUUAAAUUCGUCAACUCCUCCAAGUUUUAAUCCUCUCAUUUGGUCAAAAAGCUAUGGAACUCAACAGCAGUUUGAUUCACGAUUGCGGCACUAGCUGAAUUUGAAAUUUGAACGCGAAAGAGUCCGUGUCAUGAAGUAUUGCCUGGCAUACCUAGCCCUAGUGGGCGUGGCCUUGCUGACAUGCGCAGUGGCUCAGAAUGAUGAUGAUUAUGCUCGUUUGAGAAAAUCUCUGUUUAGAGAUUACGACAAAGAACUUCUGCCUAGAUAUGACAGAGAGAUCGAUGUUGGUAUGGGGAUGACAUUAAUCAAACUGCGUGGACUGGAUAUUUUCAAGGGAACCAUCGAUGUGAACGCCUGGCUGGAUGUGGGUUGGAAUGAUCCGAGAUUAUCUUGGAAUCACUCAGAUUUUGGAAACAUCACCGAGAUUCAUAUCCGACCAUCUGAGAUAUGGGUGCCUGAUAUAUCGCUUUACAGCGACUCACCGCUGAAUAGCCUAGUGACAGAAGCUUAUGCUGUGGUACUCGAUAUGGGCGGGAUAUUCUACUUUCCUCCUUUGCAGCUGGAAUCAACUUGUACUAUGGAUUUGAAAGACUACCCCUACGAUCAACAUGAAUGCAGAAUGAAGUUCGGAUCAUGGUCCUACGCAAACACUACAAUAACCGUUUAUCCGAUAUCCGACACCAUCGACUUGUCAGAGACUAAUCCGGAUGACCAUCCGAUCUGGGAGAUCGUCGACUCAAAGGUCACGCGUGAGGCAUUUGCCUACCAGUGCUGUCCUGGUGAGUUUUACGACAGUGUUACGUUCUCCAUAUUGGUACGUCGACGAGAGACACACGGUCGUAUCGCAUCUUCUGUCAUCACGACAUGGCUCAUCCUCAUAGUCUUCUUGAUCGGACCGUCGUCGGCUGGGAAACGGAUCAUAUUCGCAGGGCUCAUCUUUGUCGCAUUGGUGGUGCUCUCUGCAGCUGUUAGUGCCGAGGUUCCCGCCUAUUCGACAACCAGGCUUGGUCGGUUCAUCAUCGGCGGAAUGCUCAUCGUCGCUCUCGUCAGUAUUUACAAUGGCCUCGUAUACCGCUGCCACCCCAAGGAAAAGCCAGGGCAGCUUAUUGAAGGAGACGGCUCAACUCGAUCACGGACCAUCGUCAUCAUCGAUGUCGCGGCUUUUGUUUGUACUGCCAUCAUUCUCGGCAUUUCGACAGGCGCCCUCUUUGUCUAAAUGCAACCAAGAGUAAUUUGCCGGUAGUAUGAUCAGAAAAUGAAAUUCUCAUGUGGACCUGUGAUUAUGUUAGAAUCAGUGACGUAAUUCCUUUUGUGGUUGGGGGUAUAAAAGUGGUAGGGCCUAAAAUAUAGAAAGUAGAGGAAAGUAAGGAGUUUUCAUUAUAAAAAAAUAAAAUAAUUUUCAAUCGUUGCUGGAAUUUUGAGGGUCAAUUGGAUAUUUUAUGGCUGAUAUGAUUAUUUUCAUACUUAUUGCGAUAUGAUGCAUUUUAUUUGUGAUUCUCGUACUCUAUCAUCUGUCCAUAUUUCGACAUUCCUUUUUUGAAAGCAAGAAUGAUAGAAUAUGAAUAUCAAUCAUAAUUAUAGAUACAUUGAGAAUAUUUGCAGAGAACUUUCCCUCAUGUUAACUAUUUCUUAUCACGUUAUGUAGACGAUUUUGAGAUCAUCCUACAAUAUAAAGGAUGAAGUCCAUCAAUGACAUUCUAGGUGGGAAAAUGUUAAAUUUGCAACUUUUUUGAUAGCCACAAUGUAAAACCUAACUGUUCAUUGAUGAAUAAAUUGUAUAAUUCUUUUAUGCAUCAUCACUUUUCGCCAUCAUAAAUCGAAUAAACUGAAA